AUGCAUUCCAACCACAAAGCUGAGAAUGGAUGCCAGCCCCGAGAAGUUACCCAGGUAAAUAAUUACAGCCGAGCUGGCCUGUGGAGGUGAGACUUCACUGGCCAUAGGGGUGUCAAGUGGCUGUGAAACAUUUCCAGGCCUUUCCAGAGGAAGGGGCUGAGCAUCACUUGGAAGUGGCGGCUGGAUGCAUGAACAGGCAUCUCGUGAUUUUGUUCCAUGGAGAGAAGGCACUGCUUUCGACAGCCAUUGAUGGUGGCAGCCAAGCUCAGCCCUUCUUGAGUCAUACAUGAUGCUGCGUGGAAACCUGCUAUGAGAUUCAUUCUGGACAUGGAACAUUCCCUCCCCUCCCCAGAAUCAUAGAAUUGUAGAGCUGGGACCCCAAGAGUCAUCUAUUCCAACCCUCUUCAAACCCACAAUCCUGAGAUCAAGAGUCUCAUUCUCCACCAACUGAGCUACCCUAGGACACUGGCGUUUUUGACCAUUGCCAACAUUUCUAUAAUUUCUCUCUCCCUCACACAUCCCAUCCCCUAAUUUCUUCUCCAACCUAAGCCUACUCAGUUCCUUCAAUUACUUUUCUUCUAAACAGAUGCCCAUUUCUUCUUUUUAAAAUCCUCAAGGCCAAUUCAAGAUUAUUGUAGGCCAAUCCAGUAUGAGAUCGCAAACAGAGGAGGAUUAAUUUCAACCAAAAACUCCAAAGUGCAGUCAUUGAGAUAUACAAAUGGAAGAAGCAGUUGGUGUUUACCAGCAAGCUUAAAUAAAACAGGCAACAACAACAGCAGCCUGGAGAAAUUUAUGUCAAGUUGUGUAAAAAUAUUCUUUUUCUGUUGGCACCAUAUUUUUUGUCAUGAUUCAAUAACAGGAAGCAAAUCUUUAUAAAAACCUAAAAGCACAGAAAAGGUCUACAACAACUUGGAUAGAAAAUUACGUGUAGGGUUCUCAGCCCAUGGGCAGUAUAGUAAAUAAUAUACAAAUAAUCUCCUCCUCUGACCAUCCUCUUUUGCCAUUGGGGAAGGCAGAUGGCAUAGUUGGAAAAUGUAGAUCUUGUAAGUAUUGCUGUUGGGCAUGAUCAAGAUGACAACACCAGAAGGAAAAUGUUAACAGGUAAUUUCAGUAUCAAGUUGUGAUAUCUCCUUAAUCAUAGAAUUGUGGAGUUGGAAUGGACCCUGAGGAUCAUCUAGUCCAACCCCCUGCAAUGCAGGAAUAUGCAGCUGUCCCAUACGGGGAUCGAACCUGCAACCUUGGCAUCACCAGCACCAUGUUGUAACCUACUGAGCUAUAAUCAGUGCCAUUGCUUCAGGGGCACUGAUAGUCUCACAUUUAUUGCUCCAUCUACAAUCUGUUUGUUGUUCAAACAGACAUAGUUUGUUGUUCUUUAGUCAUUUAGUCGUGUCCGACUCUUCGUGACCCCAUGGACCAGAGCACGCCAGGCACUUCUGUCUACCACUGCCUCCCGCAGUUUGGUCAAACUCAUGCUGGUAGCUUCGAGAACACUAUCCAACCAUCUCGUCCUCUGUCGUCCCCUUCUCCUUGUGCCUUUCCCAACAUCUUUCCCAACAUCAGGGUCUUUUCCAGGGAGUGUUCUCUUCUCAUGAGGUGGCCAAAGUAUUGGAGCCUCAGCUUCAGGAUCUAUCCUUCCAGUGAGCACUCAGGGCUGAUUUCCUUCAGAAUGGAGAGGUUUGAUCUUCUUGCAGUCCAUGAGACUCUCAAGAGUCUCCUCCAGCACCAUAAUUCAAAAGCAUCAAUUCUUCGGCGAUCAGCUUUCUUUAUGGUCCAGCUUUCACUUCCAUACAUCACUAAGACAUAGUUUAGGUAACUUGAAUCUGAUCAUAUGACUAGGUCUGAAAUAGUACAUAAGUUUUUAUAGGCCUUAGCUUCACAAUCCUUCUCAACCUUUCGGAUCUUAACAUAGUGCACUCCAGUUGAGGCCUUCCUGCUGUCCUCAACAUUUUAGCAAUAUCCUUGGGGAGGAGGGCUUUCUUCCAUCUUGGCCGUAACCUAAUACAGCCUCUGUUUGAUGUUACCCUAGUUGAUCAAGACACACCUGGUGAACUCCAUCAAAGCGCUGCAGAAACAUUACGUGACUUCCGACGCCCUCGUGACCAGUGACGAUGGAGAUGCCAACACCCUCUGCUGCGCCCUCGAAGCAGUGUUUGUGCACGGCUUGAAGGCCAAGCACAUCAAGGCAGAAUCAGGAGCGAAAGGGAGGAAAUUUGCCGGGCGCCUGCCCCUUCCCCAACCAGCCUUUUGGGCCCUGCUGAAAACUAUCACACACAGGUGAGGUGGGGAAGACAGCCGCUGUGAGGGUGGAGAUUGCAGCCAUCAGCAAAAUUUGCUGAUAUUACAUGCUUGAACAUUGCUGGGUGUGGAGUGGGGGCAUUUGCGAGAUGCAAAUGUGAGAUUUCUGCUUACGGUGGUUAACCGAAGUUCAAGGGGAUAUGGCUGAUGGAGGGACUUCUCAUCUCUUCUUGCUAAAGUCCUGCUAGGAAUUUAGGCGGAUAUAGGCAAAAACUCCUGCCAACCUAGCAGUUAGAAAGCAAGUCCAAGUGCAAGUAGAUAAAUAGGUACCGCUCUGGCGGGAAGGUAAACGGCGUUUCCAUGUGCUGCUCUGAUGUCGCCAGAAGCGGCUUAGUCAUGCUGGCCACAUGACCUGGAAGCUGUACGCCAGCUCCCUCGGCCAGUAAAGCGAGAUGAGCGCCGCAACCCCAGAGUCGGCCACGACUGGACCGAAUGGUCAGGGGUGCCUUUACCUUUACCUUUAUAGGCAAAAAAAGUCAGGGGCUGGCUGGACAAUGAGGAGUGGCCGGGGAUCCCUGUCAGAGAACCUCAAAGGGAGGAGCCUCAGAAGAGGAAGGCUUUGGGUUGGGGUGGGACAAUGAAGACAGGUCAGAGGAGGAAUGGGGGAAUAAAAAAACUUCUUGUUUUUUAACAAACCCUUCCCCACUUUCCAAGGUCCUUCAGAGCUCCCCCCCUUCCCCCUCCCCUUUUAUGAAGAUCACCUGCUCUGAGACCCCACAGCUAAUUCUCCCCUGGCCUCUUUGCUGGCCCAAUAAUAAUAAUAAUAAUUAUUUAUACCCCGCCCAUCUGUCUGAGUUUCCCCAGCCACUCUGGGCGGCUCCCAAUCAAAUGUUAAAAACAGUACAGCAUUAAAUAUUAAAAACUUCCCUGAAAAACUUGCCUUCAGAUGUCUUUUAAAGAUAGGAUAGCUGAUUAUUUCCUUCACAUCUGAAGGGAGGGUGUUCCACAGGGUGGGUGCCACUACCUAGAAGGCCCUCUGUCUGGUUCCCUGUAACCUCAUUUCUCGCAAUGAGGGAACCGCCAGAAGGCCCUCGACGCUGGACCUCAGUGUCUGGGCUGAACGAUGGGGGUGGAGACGCUCCUUCAGGUAUACAGGACCGAGGCCGUUUAGGGCUUUAAAGGUCAGCACCAACACUUUGAAUUGUGCUCGGAAACGUACUGGAAGCCAAUGCAGAUCUAUCAGGACUGGUGUUAUGUGGGAUCAAGUAGGAUCAAUUAAGCCCUGGGGAUUAUCUAAUUGAUUUUUGAUUUUUGAAUUUUAUUGUUAUUCAUAUUUUAUACUGUAUUUUAUGCUGCUUUUAUAAUUGUUUUAAAGUGUUUUAAAUUUGUUGUUAGCUGCCCUGAGCCCGGUUUUUGAACUGGGAAGGGCAGGAUAUAAAUUAUUAUUAUUAUUAUUAUUAUUAUUAUUAUUAUUAGAGCUGCAGCAUUAAUGGGCCUUGUGCUCUCUCCCCCUUUCCUGCUCCUCUCUUUACUUUUCUCCAGAAACAUCAUUUCUGAGCUGGAGCACCUGGACUUCAUCAACACAGACGUGGGCCGCUGCCGUGCUUGGCUAAGGCUGGCGCUGAAUGACGGCUUGAUGGAAUGCUACCUGAAGCUCUUGCUCCACGAGAAAGCCCACCUCUCUGAGUAUUACCAUUCGCCAGCCCUGCUACUGGACACCGAGGAGGUUGAGUUCCUUCUCACUUACCUGCAGGGCUUGUCCUCCCUGGCCUUUGACCUCUCCUACAAGUCGGCAGUUUUGAACGAAUGGACGGUCACCCCUUUAUCCCUCUCGGGACUUUGCCCAGCCUCAGAGCUGCUUGUGAGUUUGGAGCCCCGGAGGAAAGAAUCGCUGGGCUCCCUCUCGCUGUCUUCUGGCUCGGAUGACGCUGAGGCUUCCCCAGCCCUCUUGCCCGCCGCUAAAAGCCAACGGGCAGAGAAACUCACCGCAUCCAACCUGAGCAUCAGCACAACAGGUUCCUCACAGCUGUCUUCCAGCCUCGGCUCCGACGGCCUUACCCCGGGGACAUCUGCUGCCACGCAGAACGCGGACGGGGGUGAGGAGCCCAUCUCGGAUGAUGCUGACCCUGGCGUGGCAACAGCAAAAGACUUGGACCAGUCUCUCCAAGAGUGAGUAUGCGGAGGAAAGGGGAAGACCUUAUUAUUAUUAUUUUUUAACAAUAAUAUUUAUUAAAUUUCAUCAACAGACAUAACAAAAAAGAAAAUAUACAACAACACAAUAGAAAAGUGAAAAAGAAGGGGGGGAAAGUAACAAACUUAAGAUACCUAAACAGGAAAAAAAGGAAACUCAAUUAAUUCAUUAAAAUGCAUUUUCAUAAACAUUUUGGUUGACUUCCUCUAAUCUCCUCCAUCUGAAUUUCCUCUUAAUUUGAAUGUAGCAGUUUCCAAUAUCAUUAUUUCAUAAAACAAUAUUACAGUCGCAUUCCAAUUUCUUUACCUUUCUUAUAAUACAUUUUCUUAUUUAUAUAUUUGAAUCUAAUUUAAUCCUAGGCCUGAUUGGUUCUUUCAAGUGAUUACAUAUCUUUAAUAUUAGAAUAUUUGUUCAAAUAGUCUUUAAAUUUCUUCCAAUCUUCUUGGUAUUCCUCUUCCUGCUGGUCGCGGAUUCUCCCGGUGAGAUCAGCCAGCUCCAUAAAUUCCAUCAUCUUCAUCUGCCAUUCUUCUACCGUUGGUAAUUCUUGUGUUUUCCAUUUUCUGGCUAGUGAAAUCCUAGCUGCUGUUGUGGCAUACAAAAAUACUAGGGGAAGACCUUAUUAGAGCUUGUCAGAUGGCAAAGGUGGUCGCUCACGAGUAACCAGGCAGGACUCUUUACAGGUUUUAUUUAGGUGCAAAAUUAUUUACAGUGCAGAACCCCAAAGUUCAUGUCUGCCUCAAUUGCUAGCAGAAUCCAGGAGUGCUUGUUUCCUCCCCCAACAUAAAAGUCUCGCUACGCCCAGCCUUUUCCUUCCCUCUUUGCGCUUUAGACUUCUGCGCAGGGUGGGCAAUGGAAGGGGCAUGCUUCCCUCCGGGCUGGCUUGGCCAGGAGUGGGGCUGAGGCUCCCACCAGCAUCCUCUGAUCCUUUCAUCUCUUCCCCACUAGAGGUGGGGCUUUCCUCCUCACCGGAAGAGGAACUGCUUUGCAAGAUUUUCGGAGGCUCCCUGUAACACAACUGCCCCUCUGUUUCCAGCCCCUGCUCUGAUGGCAGUUCCCUGACAGAGCUGGUAAAUUGUGUUCAGAUCCUGAUACCAGUCUGAGCUAGCCAAUGCAUCACGGUGGGCAGGGACCCGUGAUGUAUUCCCAGCUCAAAUUGCCGGCAGGCAGGCAGGCAGGCGGAUGGAGCCUGAGAAAGUUUUGGGCAAGCAUGUUCUUGGAUACAUUCCAGACAUCAUGAUAUAUCAGCAUAUCACACUAUUCAGCUGGUGAUAUAUCACGAUGGGGAUGCGGGUGGCACUGUGGUCUAAACCACUGAGCCUCUUCGGCUUGCUGAUCAGAAAGUCGGUGGUUCGAAUCCCUGUGACAGAGUGAGUUCCCGUUGCUCUGUCCCAGCUUCUGCCAACCUAGCAGUUCGAAAGCACACCGGUGCAAGUAGAUAAAUAGGUACCGCUGUGGCAAGAAGGUCAACAGGGUUUCCGUGAGCUCUGAUUUCCGUCACGGUGUUCUGUUGCGCCAGAAGCGGUUUAGCCAUGCUGGCCGCAUGACCCGGAAAGCUGCCUGUGGACAAACGCCGGCUCCCUUGGCCUGAAAGUGAGAUGAGCGCUGCAACCCCAGAGUCUCCCUUGACUGGACUUAACCGUCCAGGGGUCCUUUACCUUUUUUUUUACCUUUAUACAGUGGUACCUCAGGUUAAGAACUUAAUUCGUUCUGGAGGUCUGUUCUUAACCUGAAACUGUUCUUAACCUGAAGCACCACUUUAGCUAAUGGGGCCUCCUGCUGUUGCCACGCCGCCGGAGCAUGAUUUCUGUUCUCAUCCUGAAGCAAAGUUCUUAACCCAAAGUACUAUUUCUGGGUUAGCGGAGUCUGUAACCUGAAGCGUAUGUAACCCGAGAUACCACUGUAUAACGAUAUUGAAAACCAGAUUUCUCCUAGACCUUAUCAUAUCUUACUUUGGCAAUGAGUUUAUUUUAUUUUUUCCUAAUCUUUGAUCUUGGUGUACCUGGGAAGUUCCAGGUGGAUAGCAACCUGUUAUUAAAAUCAUGCAUGGAAGCCUUAUAUUUGGCAGGCUGAAUUAAUGUAUGGAAACCAGCCUUCUUCCCCUACCUAACAGAAAGUUGCUCUGAUAUCGUUAGACCUCUUUGUCAGGCAUUUCUUGCCCCUUUGAGUAUAUAUGAGGUGUCCCCAACUCCCCCAAUAAACAUAUUUUCCACUUCCAGUGUUCAACUCUCUGCUUGGAAUGUUCCAUGACAUCACAGCAGCGCAGCCAAUGGCUAAGGGGCUUGCCCACAGCUGGCAUGCGAUGUCUGGUUUUGAAUCUGUUACAUGAUAUUUCUACCAGGUUGAGUGGUCAGAGUUUCUUUCUUUUUGCUUUAUUAAAUUUAUAGGCUGCCCUUCAUCCAAGGAUCGCAGGGCGGUUUGCAGUAUUAUGUGUAGCCCAGUCCAGAUCACAAAUGUGACUGAUCUGAGAACUUGAUCACGCACUUCCACAGCCGAUAGAGAGGCACUUUCUCAGCCUCAAAUAAUACUCUCAGAUUGAAAACAGCAAAAGCGCUAAUUGAGGAUAGUUGCUUCUGAGUAGCAUAGUAAGGUUUAUUACAGAAAAGGUGCUGCCGAGCAGAUCACAGAAGCUAAAGUCAUUAUCUUUUAAGCCCAGUACCCUGAUCUAAGCUGCAAUCCUAAAAACACACCUGGGAAUAAACCCCACUGUGUUUUUUCAAAUAAAUAAGCACGCCUAGGAUUGCACUGCUAAUAAAAAAAAAACCCAGAGAGACAGAACAUUAUGGUACCACACAAUCACCAUUCACCUUGGUGAGCCAAAGAAAGACAUUAAAGACACUCUAUUAAAUGACUCAUAUAUGUGGUGUGAAGCUAAGAUCCCGAAGGAAGCUGUGGAUCCCAGAGGAAAUCACCCAUAACUGACACAUAUGCAAUGUAUGGAUGCUCAUAUUUUUUAGCUGUAGCUUUCCCAACACGACCUCCUCUACCCUCUUGAGCUUUUUGAGCUCAGCAGAUAAUUCCCAGUAUUGAAGGAAGAGCCACGCUAGCUUUCCAUUUUGACAUUUAUUGGUGUUAAGCAAAUACUGCAAUAGGUAUUGUGCCUGAAACUACCUUUUAAGCCAGCUUCCAGGUCCACAACAACCUUUUGUAUGAGAUGAGGAAGCUGUGGCUGGGGGUGGCUGGCUGGCUUGCCCAACAAAAUUUGUGGCUAAGGAAGAAUUUGAACUCGUGUCUGAGUCACAACAUACUCCCCUCCGUCUCACUUUCUGUAUAACGAUCCACUCCAUUCUCAAAAGGGAGUGCUAAACCACAAAAAAAGCAAAUUCCUUUGCAUUAAUCUUAUUAUCCAACUCAGUGCAUAGAACUAACACAUUUAUAUACAUGUGCUAAAAUUCCUUAUUUCAGGCUAAAAUUGGUGUCUUAGCAGAUAAGGAGCCUGGAGACCAUUUGAUGUCCAAAGGGGGUUACUGAAUGCCUUGCCUCUGUUGGCAUAGCACAGAGUUUCCCAAACUUUGGAUCGCUAGCUGUUUUUGGACUACAACUCCCAUCGUCCCUAGCUGACAGGACCAAUGGUCAGGGAUGAUGGGAGUUGUAGUCCAAAAGCAGCUGGAGAGAGACCCAAGUUUGGGAAACCCUGUCAUAGCACACGGUAUAGUGGGAGAUGCAAUCAAACAGAUAACAUGCCCCACACACACUCUUUUGAGUUUUGUUUUAAACUUUUGUUUUUCUUUCAAGGGUGCUAGCAGAAUUCAGCAGAGCACAGGGAAAGCCGGAAUCGACAGAAGCCAAGCAAGUUGACACCCUGUCGACUUCUUCCUCACUGCAGUGCCCCUGUCCCGCCACUGAUCUCUGCACCGCACGCCUUCCUUGUCCUGUAACAGCUAAACACCCUGCCAGCAUCAAACCUCCUGACGCAGCAGACUCACAGCUUCCAAGUCCAGGUGACCCACCUCAAACCAAGGAAGCAGCUCCCGGUUCCAGGGUCCAGCAAGCGCCUGCGCUGGACACAGCAGACGUUGCUAAAGGAAUAGCGGAUCCAUCCCAAACUCAUCGUAGCCUCAAGAGAGGAGGGGCUAAAUAUAGGAUCAGUCAAGUUGUUGUCCAUGAGGAAAGCCACCCAAGGGCAGGACGACUUCUCUCACCAAUCUCACCUGUAAGUCAUACCUUGCCUCCCCAAAUCCUAUGAGGUCCUGUUAAAAUCUUUACUAUUUCGCUCUUGUGAAAAGAAAAUUCAGAAUGGGAUUUCGGUAUAGUUCUGGUGGCAAGUGCGAAAGCCCAAAUGUUUUGCUCAAAAGCCCAGUGACAGCAUGUCUCUGAAGUUGUGUGAAUGUGUUUGGUGCACAAGAGGGUUUUUGACUUCUUGGACAAGCUUGGAAUUUUAGGAGAUCAUAGGUAAAGGGUAAAGCGACCCCUGACCAUUAGGUCCAGUCGUGACCGACUCUGGGGUUGCGGCGCUCAUCUCACUUUAUUGGCCGAGGGAGCUGGCGUACAGCUUCCGGGUCAUGUGGCCAGCAAUGACUAAGCUGCUUCUGGUGAACCAGAGCAGCACACAGAGACGCUGUUUACCUUCCCGCCGGAGUGGUACCUAUUUAUCUACUUGCACUUUGAGGUGCUUUCGAGCUGCUAGGUUGGCAGGAGCUGGGACCGAGCAACGGGAGCUCACCCCGUCGCGGGGAUUCAAACCGCUGACCUUCUGAUCGGCAAGUCCUAGGCUCUGUGGUUUAACCCACAGCGCCACCCGCGUCCUGAGUUAGGAGAUCAUACUAUGCUUUUAAAAAGGCCCCCCUGCCCAAAUUAGACUGACUAGUCAAUCUUGAGUUUUUAUUUUCACUACUUAUUGAACGAUCUCACUGUUCAUUCAUGAUCCUCUGGGAACCUGAGGGGGUGUGGGUAGGCUUAACCUGCUCAAAUGUGGCUGUUCGUCUGACGUCAGCCAGCCUCUUGUGACUAAUACAAAUUAUAGGUACAAGAAUUAGCAGAGUCUCUCCUGCUCCUCUCAGUGAGUGAGUGGUGUUGACGAAGCAGUUACUCUGCAGGUCAGGAAAUGCUUUUCCUUGCAGUUAAUUGGGAACUUCCUCUCCCCAAUUCCAUUUCCUCUUUGUACCGGGUGCCUUCAAAGGAAGCCUCUCCCUCAUACCUGGCGGUCAGCCAAUCUGUAUGUUACACACGCAGCAGGAAGUGAUGUCAUGCUGCUUGAGUCAACCUGCCCACAUACCUGCUCUGCGUUCUGCAGAGGAGAGCCCUUUAAAACCUUAAGGUCCAGCGGUUGAAAGCUUGCUGCACUUAAGACUUAGGAUAGGCGUUCCCAUAACCAGUCACCGUGGGUCCUGUGUCUACUGUAUGGAAAUCUGGGAGCCAUGGGUUUAUAUCACAUCUCAGCCCGUGACUCAUUGCCUUGGUUCCUCAUCUAUAAAAUAGGCGUAUUAAUCAUCUGUCUUGCAAAGCUACUGCCAGGGCAAACAAGGCAGAAAUCCCGUGUGGGGCUGAACAAAUAUUUCAAAUUCCUGAAUGUAUUGCAGAUCUCUAGGGGAUAAUGAUGCUUGUCAUUUUUCUAGCGAUACACAAAUUAUUAACCAUAAUGAUAAUCAAGAUUGUUCCUGAACAUGGUCUUAACAGUGAGUCUGUAAGUGACUGUGGAGGCCAAUUCUGGAUAUACAUGUCAUUCCGCAGUGAGGACAUAGGUUUCUGGGUGGGAGUUGAUCACAGUGAGGGUUUGCCAAGUGUGCCUUCCUCUCAGCUCGUUCCUCCCUUUCGUCCUGAGUUUGAGUGUCUUCAAAGCCUUUGGUAAAGGCUGUUCUCCAAUUGGAGCGCUCGUGGGCCAGUGUUUCCCAGUUGUCGGUGUUUAUACUACAUUUUUUUAGGUUUGCCAUGAGAGAGUCUUUAAGCCUCUUUUGUUGACCACCAGCAUUACGCUUUCCACUUUUAAGUUCGGAAUAGAGUAGUUGCUUUGGAAGAUGAUAAUCAGACAUCUGCACAACAUGACCAGUCCAACCAAGUUGAUGUUGAAGAAUCUUUGCUUCAAUCAUGCCAUCCUGUAUUUCACUGGGAUCAACAACUCAGCCCACAUCGACCCUUAAGCCCAACUCCCUGAGCGCUGCACUGUGUUCGGUUUGGAAGAAACUAGUAACCUUUAAACCAAUUAAACAAUUUUGCACUUAGUAAUUUUGCUUUCGGACACACUAAUGCCACAGCCAAAUCUUACUCCACUUUGUUCAGUGGUGCUUGUUUCUGAAUAAGGGUGGAUAGGACAGAAGCUUAAACCUUCAAGUAAAUUAUCUUGCUUAGUAUCCUUCAUAAGGAGACAUAUUUGGUUCUGCAAUACCAAAAGCUGUGUGAGCGGCAUGGCCAGACAUUUUGAAUUGCGGUUACCUAAGUGUCCUAUUUUGUUCGGUCCCAGCUCCUGCCCACCUAGCCGUUCGAAAGCGCAUCAUGUGCAAGUAGAUAAAUAGGUAUCGCUCCAGCGGGAAGGUAAACGGCGUUUCUGUGCGCUGCUCUGGUUUGCCAGAAGCAGCUUAGUCAUGCUGGCCACAUGACCCGGAAGCUGUCUGUGGACAAACACCGGCUCCCUCGGCCUAUAGAGCGAGAUGAGCGCGCAACCCCAGAGUCGUCCGCGGCUGGACCUAGAGGUCAGGGGUCCCUUUACCUUUAAGUGUCUAUUUAGUUACAAACCAAUAUAUACGUAUCACUAGAGCAAUCAUUUAGAAUGCAUGCUUGCUCAAAAAGUAUGUGAGCUUUAUUUAGAUCAAGUUUUAUCAUUGGUGUCUUUUCUUGAUGGUUUAAAAUUGACGGUUUCGACCACCUUAAUUUAAAACAGGCCACCCUCAGGAUAACAACCACCUCUAUACAAUGUCUCCCACCUUAUGGACAUCGGGGUGUAUAUUGACUUGGAUCAAGGGGGCUCCAUUUAGUCUUAGCCACUGAUAAACCUACCCACUCCAAAUACUGACCCUGUUCUAAAUCCAUUGAGGGAGGCUCGUGCAGGUGAUGGUUGGGGUCAAAGCCAAAAGUGGGAGAAAACGCCCCACUUUUCUUUCUCUUUUGGAAACCCCUUCUCUCCCCUUUCCUCCGUGUCCAAGCAGGAUGUUGGGAGGAAGCUGGACCAGUCUCGUCGGGGGACUGAACUAAUUGCUCAUAGGAGACUUAUUUUCCCUCCUUCAAUCUCUUCAUUUCUUUUGGUUUUUCAUCCUGGUUUCCCCUUGGACUCCCCACACCCUGCUACUUGAAAUUACGCCAAGGGACACAGGCCUUCCAGCCCUACUACAGGGCUUGGGCAGGAACUGCGCCACUUCUAUAAAGCCCUUAGCGCGGUAAAAACGCUAUUUGCUACUUGUUAAUUUCCCUGUUGAAUAGUCCAGCUGAAUUCAGCUCUUUCUGUUCCCCGACAGGAAACAAACUGGAUCACCGAGGAUGACAUUUACCUUCCCUCUCCUCCUCCUGAGGAGACGGGGAAAGGCCUUUCCCGUUCACUCAGUCCCUCGCCAGAGCGCCCUGCCAAUAGCCAGCCAUCGAUACCAAGUGGCGCUCUGGAUCAAGACAAGCUUCACUUGACGUCAGCCAAGGCCAGGAAGCCCCAACUGUCCCCCGAGGCGGAAUCGAAGGGCUUUAGCGUCGUUCACCGGAGGCAAAUGGGUAACGGUCUUUCUCCCAUGGGGUGAAUGAUGGGGCGGGGAGGAGAAAGUGAUAGAAGAUAAAUUUGGGGUUGGCUUUAACAGCCCAACUCCCCAUCAAGGGACUUCGUGUCCCCCUAAAUCAGAGAAGAACGUGUGGAGGCAGGAACCAGUCGAAGCAAGGCAAAUCUUUAUAUUUUUUCCAGUUGCAGCAGAGUUCCGGCCCUUGUAAGGAGGGGAGGGCCUAGAAUAAAAGUGCGUAACAACUUUUAAAGACUUUAGAAUUUGCCAGACCCCCUUAGCCAAAGACCACCUACAAGCAUCAUGCCACUAAGAGGCAGUCUACAUUACAACAGAAAUUUGAGAGUGUGGCUUGUCUGUCAAGAUAUCAGAUAAUGGUCACUGAUUGCCUUAUACUGGCCAGUCUGGCCAUUCUUUCAAAAUGGUAAAUACCUUAGUUCUUAAAUCCAUUGUCCCAGACUUCCCUUAUUCAUGUGAUAAGUCUGUUUACAGGGUUUGAAGGAUUUUGCAACUGAAAAGAACUAUUUCCAAGAUCAUAGAAUCGUCAAGCUGGAAGGGACCCCAAGGGUCAUCUAUUCCAACCCCCUGCAGUGCAGGACUGAUUUGUUGUUGUUUAGUCGUUUAGUCGUGUCCGACUCUUCGUGACCCUAUGGACCAGAGCACGCCAGGCACUCCUGUCUUCCACUGCCUCCCGCAGUUUGUUCAAACUCAUGCUGGUAGCUUCGAGAACACUGUCCAACCAUCUCGUCCUCUAUUGUCCCCUUCUCCUUGUGCCCUCCAUCUUUCCCAACAUCAGGGUCUUUUCCAGGGAGUCUUCUCUUCUCGUGAGGUGGCCAAAGUAUUGGAGCCUCAGCUUCAGGAUCUGUCCUUCCAGUGAGCACUCAGGGCUGAUUUCCUUCAGAGUGGAGAGGUUUGAUCUUCUUGCAGUCCAUGGGACUCUCAAGAGUCUCCUCCAGCACCAUAAUUCAAAAGCAUCCAUUCUUCGGCGAUCAGCCUUCUUUAUGGUCCAGCUCUCACUUCCAUACAUCACUACUGGGAAAACCAUAGCUUUAACUAUAUGGACCUUUGUUGGCAAGGUGAUGUCUCUGCUUUUUAAGAUGCUGUCUAGGUACUUCCAUCUAUUGCAGAGGAAAAUAUUUGGAGUCAUUAAGAGAGUCAAGAUGGCCACGGGAUUGCUCCCCUGUACUAUUUCAGACAUGUGGUUUAUGUACUUAACAUAUGUGUGUUUACCUUGUGCGCUUAUGAGCGCUGAUUGCGUUUAUGUCACCUUAGAAUUCUUAUGACGAAAGACAAGACAAAACGGUGGUCAGCGGCAUCGUUAUUUAUGACUUCUGAAUCACUUUGGCUGGGUCUGUAAUACCCUUCUUCUUUUUUAUCCUCCACCUCCAGGCCUUUCGAACCCUUUCCGUGGCCUGCUGAAGCUGGGGACCCUGGAGCGGCGAGGAGGCAUGGGCAUCUGGAAGGAGUUCUUCUGCGAGCUUUCGCCGCUGGAGCUGCGCCUCUUUGUGGACAGCGAGGAGCGGGUGUGCGUGGAGACCUGUUCCCUGCUGAGGUGCGAUUGCCUGGGGGCAGCUCACAGCGACGGCCGCUUUGACCUGUCCUUCUCGGGCAAACGGCUUUGCCUCCGAGCCGCCUCUCAAGACGAGGCGGAGGAUUGGCUGGACCGGCUGCACGAGGCACUUCAGAAAUGUAGGCCUCAGCCGGACGAAGGCUGGGAGACCCUGGAGGGCACCGAAGCAGCGGAGGACCCGGAUGCGAACUCUGCCGGUGGUCCGCCCGGCGAGCUUUCGGCCCUCUUGCAAUACAACGGGACAGGCAGCAACGGGCUGGACUGGACGUGCGGUUGGGACCCCGAGCUGGAUGCGGUCAAGGAGUCUGUUUUGUACCUGGAAACCGAAAAGACGUGGUCCCCUUUUGUGUUCUCCUUGUCCUUAGAAGCCCUGAAGUGCUUCAGGGCCCGGAACGGGGAGAAAACGCUGAGCAACAGCUACGGGAUCGAGACCAUACAGGACAUCCUGCCCGACGUGAGCCUGGGGGGCCCGGCCUUCUUCAAGGUCAUCACGUCGAAAGCGGUGCUGAAGCUGAGAGCCGAGAACGCGGAGGAGGCAGCCGACUGGAGGGACUUGGUCCGCCGGAUGCUGAUGUCGUACCUGGAGACAGCGGAGGAGGCCUUGAGCCUGGGGGGCAACCUGGACGGGAACUCGCAGGCCGUUUUGAAAAGCACCACCAAGGGGAAUGGCUUCCUCCUCAAGUACCUGGUUGCCAUCCCCACAGAGAAAGGCCUGGACUGCCAGAGCUUCAUCUGUGCGGGUAGGUUGGGGAGCGGCAAGGUGGCUGCAACACAGAGCUCGGGGUGGGGAAACAGAUACAGUGGUACCUCGGGUUAAGUACCGUAUUUUUUGUUCUAAAAGACUUACUUUUUCCCUCCUAAAAAGUAAGGGGAAAUGCGUGUGCGUCUUAUGGAGUGAAUGCAGGCUGCGCAGCUAUCACAGAAGCCAGAACAGCAGGAGGGAUUGCUGCUUUCACUGCACAGUGAUCCCUCUUGCUGUUCUGGCUUCUGAGAUUCAGAAUAUAUUUUUUCUUGUUUUCCUCCGCCAAAAACUAGGUGCGUCUUGUGGUCUGGUGUAUCUUAUAGAGCGAAAAAUACAGUACUUAAUUCGUUCUGGAGGUCCGUUCUUAACCUGAAACUGUUCUUAACCUGAAGCACCACUUUAGCUAAUGGGGCCUCCUGCUGCUGCCGCCGCACUGCCACAGCACGAUUUCUGUUCUCAUCCUGAAGCAAAGUUCUUAACCCGAGGUACUAUUUCUGCGUUAGCGGAGUCUGUAACCUGAAGCGUAUGUAACCCGAGGUACCACUAUACAGAAGACUCUCAAAAUUGCCGAGGGCCAGUUUGUAGCAUCCUUGUUGUUGUUUAGUCGUGUCCGACUCUUCGUGACCCCAUGGACCAGAGCACGCCAGGCACUCCUGUCUCUGUCCAGGGAGUUUUCUUGGCAGGGAUACUGGAGUGGCUUGCCGGUUCCUGCUCCAGGUGGAUCACAUUUGGUCAAAACUCUCCGCUAGGACCUGUUCAUCUUGGGUGGUCCUGCAUGGCAUAGCUCAUAGCUUCUCUGAGUUAUUCAAGCCCCUUCACCACGGCAAGGCAGUGAUCCAUGUAGGGGUAGCAUCCUUAGGAACCCUUAGCAUAAGAAGAGCCCUGCUAGAUCAGGCCGAAGGCUCAUUUUAUCCAGCAAUCUGUUGCCACAGUGGCCAACCAGGUGCCCAGCAGGACCCGAGUGCAACGGCGCUCUCCGAUUCUAGCAAUUCUAAGCAACUGGUAUCCUGAGACAUCCUGCCUCUAUUUCAGGCUCCGGGGAAUUCUCUCCCUCCCCUGGUGGCCGCAAGGAGCAGAGAAAAACAAAAAGUUCUUACUAAUGAGUUUAUUCAGUCAUCGCACCAAGAGACAAGGAAUGCAAUCUGCCUCCCUUAACGGCGUUGCUCCAACUGAGCUCCUCCCGCCUCCCUUCCUUCCAACAGCACUUUCCCUUACGGUGGCCGCCAAGGGCUAAUUGUCUCUGAGUGCUUUGCUCUUGCACCCUCAAUGAAUGUCGAGUUCUGGGAGAAGGGGGCUCAGAAAUAAUAUCCAGUGAUAACGCGUCAGCUGUUCCGCUCUGUCUCUGUCUCCCCUGGCUCUGUCUCCCCCCCUCCCUUCUCCCAACACCUCCCAACUCUUCUGUUGGCCUGUCUCGGAGCUGUAACCUUCCUCAAACCACUGCUGUAAUUCAAUACAGUCAUACCUCGGGUUACAGACACUUCAGGUUGUGUUUUUUUGGGUUACGGACUGCCGAAACCUGGAAGUACCGGAACGGGUUACUUCUGGGUUUCGGCAGUUGCGCAUGCGCAGAAGUGCUAAAUUGCACUUUGUGCAUGCACAGAAGCACUGAAUCGCAACCCGCGUGUGCGCAGAUGCACCACUGUGGGUUGUGAACGUGCAUCCCGCACGGAUCACGUUUGCAACCCAAGCGUCCACUGUACUGCCUUCCUCUCCUCUGGAAGCUUCAGGAGAAGGGGCGGGGGGAGAUCUCCACCAUUCCUCCUCCAACUCGCCCCUUUCAGUCCAGUGCCUGACACUCUGACAGGGGAGAUAUAACGUAGCUGUUGUGGCUGGCAGCCAUUACCAUUUCUGCUUUUCUUUCCAGGCUGCUCCAGGCAGAUUGGCUUUUCCUUCGUGAAGCCGAAGCUUUGCGCAUUCACAGGCCUCUACUAUUGUGACAGCUGCCACUGGGAUGAAGAGUCCGUGAUUCCUUCACGGCUGAUUCACAACUGGGAUCUCACCAGGCGUCCGGUAAGUCUGGGCGACUUGAGGAUAGGGGGCACAGGCCUGGGGUGGCAACAGCCCCGGUGAGGCGGGGGGGGGGGCGUACAGUGCUCCGAUUGACUCCUGAUGUGGCUCGUGCAUUGUUCAUUUUGUUAUAAUAAAAACUGCUUCCUUUCCUUUAUGGGGUAUUCCGGAGCCCAUAUAGAGUCCUUAAGUGGGUUCCCUAUCGGUAGAAGAAAAUAACAGAGGCCAACCAGAGUAUAUUGAGAAGCAAAGUAGCUACUAAGCCUGAUUUUUAUUCAAGGAGCUGUUGCAACAGGGUCCCCACUCACCACAUGCAGGAGGGAGGAGAACCCUGAAAAAUGGUGCGCAAGCCCUUAUAUAGACUUUUGAAACUGCCCACCCUGUAGCCCACAACCACCCCCCUAAAAUAUCACACAUACAUCACAGAAGGAGGCGGUCUACAGCAGAAAUCCUGUCUGCCAGGAUACCUGAUAAUGGUCACUGGUUGCAUUACCUGGGCAGCCUGGCCAUUCUUUUGUGAUUGUUAAUACUUUAGUUCCUGAAUCCAGGUCACAGGUUCACGCUAUUCAUACACAAAGACUCCCUUUGGACAGGAUUUGCAAGCAAAAAGGCAAUGGGAAGGCUUUCCCCAUUUGCCUCCCUUACUGCAGAGGAAUAUUUGAGAUCAUUGGGAGAGUCAAAAUGGUUUCAGGAUUGCUCUUCCGUACUAUUUCAGACACAUGGUUCAUACAUUCAGAUAUGUGUGCAUUUAUGAAUUUGAGACCUUAAAAUUCUUAUAACAGUUUCUUAUUUGUCCUGAUUCUGAGGGACGCGGGUGGCGCUAUGGGUUAAGCCACAGAGCCUAGGACUUGCCAAUCAGAAGGUCGGCGGUUUGAAUCCCCGCGACGGGGUGAGCUCCCGUUGCUCAGUCCCUGCUCCUGCCAAACUAGCAGUUUGAAAGCACAUCGAAGUGCAAGUAGAUAAAUAGAUACCACUCGGGCGGAAAGGUAAACGGUGUUUCCGUGCACUGCUCUGGUUCGCCAGAAGUGGCUUAGUCAUGCUGGCCACAUGACCCGGAAGCUGUACCCCGGCUCCCUCGGCCAAUAAAGCAACCCCAGAGUUGGCCACGACUGGACCUAAUGGUCAGGAGUCCCUUUACCUUUACCUUUACCUUUACUUGCAAAAAAUCUGGGCUUGUCAAGGCUGAGAGGAAGAUAAACGGAACUGAUAAUGGGGAAAUAUCCAGGGUGCUAGCCUGAAAUUGUAACCAGCCCCUCUGGCUGGCUUCUCUAGAUGCCAACGUAGGACACUUACAGGUGUUUUCAUCUCUUAGGUCUGCCGCCAGGCUCUGAAGUUCCUGUCCCAAAUUCAUAGCCAGCCCUUGAUCAACUUGAAGCUAGUGAACGAGACUCUCUAUGACCAUGUGGACCACAUGAGCCACAUCUACAAGAGCCGGGAGCAGCUGAAACUCCUUGGUGACUACCUGGUCCUUUGUCGCAGUGGAGCCCUGAAAGAGAUCAGCAAGAGGUGAGGCUUCACUAUACAGGGGGUCCACCUUCUCCCCCCCCCUUUCUUCCAGGCCCCAAGCCUUUGACCCAUACCCUCUUUUCUUUCCCCAAGUAAAUUUUUAUUGUUUUCCUUACACAUUCUUUUCCAACAAACCAUAUUAAUGCCAUACAUUCCCUUUGACUCUGCCGAGUCGCGACUCCCCUCCCUCCCUGCAGUUGGUAUAUUUAACCCCUUUCUAUCAAGCACAUCAUUCUCACAAUAGUACUAUUAUACAUUGAAGGUAUUAUGUCAAUCCUGCUAGUGUCUUGACCUCUUUACAAUUCUCCUUUAAAUAUUCAAUAAAUUUACUCCAGUUAUUUUGGUAUCUUUGGUCUUCCUGGUCCCGGAUCCUCCCUGACAAUUUGGCAAGUUCUGCAUAUUCUGUCAGCUUCACCUGCCACUCCUGGAUGGUUGGUAUGUCUUGUGUUUUCCAUCUUUGGGCCAGGAGGGUUCUUGCAGCGGCCGUACCAUACAUAAACAGAUUUUGGCCUUUGACCCAUUCUCUGUUGUCCAUGUUCCUAACUGGAUAAGGGCAGGCAGCUAACAUGCGUGGAAAAUGCCGUGCAGAUCCUUGAAGAUCUUGGCUUCAUUUUUUACGUACAUUUCAAAAAAGGAACGCUCCCUCCAUAAACCCUCCAGGUGACGAUUUCAAAGAGAGAAUGAGAUUUUGGGCAGAGCCUCUUUUGCUGAGUUGGUCCUCAGUUGAACAAGAUUCUUAGGAGUGGACUUGAGGCUGCUCGCAAAUAUUUGCUGCUUGCAAGUUACUUAUCCAGGGCACUGUUCCGUCAUCAAAUUAAACAAUGCUUUUGAAAACAAACUACCGUAUUUUUUGCUCUAUAAGACUCACUUUUUCCCUCCUAAAAAGUAAGGGGAAAUGUGUGUGCGUCUUAUGGAGCGAAUGCAGGCUGUGCAGCUAUCCCAGAAGCCAGAACAGCAAGAGGGAUUGCUGCUUUCAUUGCGCAGUGAUCCCUCUUGCUGUUCUGGCUUCUGAGAUUCAGAAUAUUUUUUUUCUUGUUUUCCUCUUCCAAAAACUAGGUGCGUCUUGUGGUCUGGAGUGAAAAAUAUGGUAAUUGGAAUGUGCUUAAAUGUCUGUUGAACAACCUAAACAUACUGCUGUUGAGGAAAUAAGCAGAGCUGUGUAUCAUUUCUAUUUUGUUAUUUUUUAAAAAGAAAAUCCUCAGAGAAAAAAAGGCUAUAUUCUGUACCAUCAAUACUGUUCUUCCCCAAACUUUUGAUACCUGCACAGUUUUUGCGUCCAGAUUAGCAUUAGAGGCAUGCUUCAGCUUUCCGCUGAACAAAUAUAUAUUAUUGACUGGCUCCAAAACCAAGGGCAGACCUCUUCCUUGCCAGUGCCUUCUGAUGCCUCACCUUCCCCAGUCGUGGACCUCUUCUUUCUGGGCAAUGGUGAUGCUAUGGGGAUUCCCCCAAGUCUGUCUGCUAAGGCACAGGCUGCAUCAAGGCAAUCCCUAAAAGAGAUUUCACUGCCUCUGCACUGGCAAAGAGAGAAGAAGUUCCAUGUAGGAGGUUCAGUGGAGGUGCCCUACUCCAACAGGGACAGAAUGGUGGGAUUAAUCCUACAUAGUGGUUUAGUUUUCCAAGGAAUGUCUCAGCCUUUUCACGGUACAUUAGUGCACCCACAGGGACGUGGGUGGCGCUGCGGGUUAAACCACAGAGCCUAGGACUUUCCAAUCAGAAGGUUGGCGGUUCGAAUCCCCGCGACGGGGUGAGCUCCCGUUGCUCAGUCCCUGCUCCUGCCAACCUAGCAGUUCAAAAGCACGUCAAAGUGCAAGUAGAUAAAUAGGUACCGCUCCAGCGGGAAGGUAAAUGGCAUUUCCGUGUGCUGCUCUGGUUUGCCAGAAGCAGCUUAGUCAUGCUGGCCACAUGACCCGGAAGCUGUACGCCGGCUCCCUCGGCCAAUAAAGCGAGAUGAGCAUCGCAACCCCAGAGUCGGUCACGACUGGACCUAAUGGUCAGGGGUCCCUUUACCUAGUGCAUCUUGGCAUAUAAUUUGGGGAUUGCUGUACCUUAUACAAAAUCUGUCCUUCAACCCAUGAAGCCUAGAAACUUUGGACUCAGCUAGGGGACGCAGGUGGCACUGUGGUCUAAACCACUGAGCCUCUUGGGUUUGCUGAUCAGAAGGUUGGCGGUUCUAAUCCCUGUGACAGGGUCCUAGCUCUAGCCAACCUAGCAGUUCGAAAGCACACCAGUGCAAGUAGAUAAAUAGGUACCGCUGUGGCAGGAAGGUAAACAGCAUUUCCAUGCGCUCUGGUUUCCGUCAUGGUGUUCUAUUGCACCAGAAGCAGUUUAGUCAUGCUGGCCACAUGACCCGGAAAGCUGUUGUGAACAAAUGCAGGCUUCCUUGGCCUCAAAAGUGAGAUGAGCACCGCAACCCCAGAGUCUCCUUUGACUGGACUUAACCGUCCAGGGGUCCUUUACCUUUCCUUUUCUUUUUUACAACAUUUUAAGUGCAUUAUACAAAUCUGACACUAGAUGGCACUGAUGAGCUAAUGGCAAAUUCCAGACAUACUUUACAACAUUUUUUAAAAAAGCAUUUUCACAGCAUUUUUUAUAUCUGUGGCAAAUGUAGAAGCAGGAGAUGCAGAGAAAUGAGAUUGGGGGAAACAGCCGAAGAAGGUUGACCGUAGACAUGCAUGAAAAUGUGUGGCCUUCCCUAUCGCCCUGUCCUUGCAAGCCAAUUAGGAGCAUAGGGAUUAUAUGGCUUCUAUACAGCUCUUGGCAGCAGAUGGGAAAAGCUCUUAAUAAACUGUUCCUUCUCUUUUGUAUCCUUUCCAAAGGCUCGAUCACCGGCACUACCUCCUGGAAUGUCCCCAUAAAUACAGCGUGGCUGACCUCAGGCAGGUAGGAGAUCUGGAAAGAGGAAGCUUCUGAAACGAGGGUUUGCCUCAGGAAAACGUACCCCACUUUAUCCACGAUUCCCCCACAACCCAGCCCAAGGCUGGCGCCCCUUAACCUACACACGUUAGAAUGCAGCGUGCUGAACCAAAACAGAGAAACUGGUCUGAGCAUGCUCAGAAGCAAGCUUUUAUUCCUUUGCCUUGAGAGAGCUUUGAAAACAGCUUUGGAGUCUUAAGGGCUCACAUGGAACCUCAUUGGUGCUCUCCCCAAUAUGUGCCAAAUUUCCCUUUUGUCCUGCAUGUUGCAGAUGCUUUGUUAUCUGUGUCAGACCUUCAGGUGUGAGUCAGUCACCUGGCCUCUCUGUAUUCACAGCUGCCUCAUAGAUAAAGGUUUCCCUUUUACGACCACCCUUCCCCACCUGCUAAUACCUACGGGACCGCCUCUCCUGAUAUGUCCCACGGAGGACCUUACGGUCUUCAAAUAAAAACAUUUUGGAGGUCCCAGGCCACAGAGAGGUUAGGCUGGCCUCAACCAGAGCCAGGGCUUUUUCGGCUGUGGCCCCGAUCUGGUGGAACGCUCUGUCACAAGAGACUAGGGCCCUGUGGGACUUGACAUCUUUCCGCAGGGCCUGCAAGACAGAGCUGUUCCACCAGGCCUUUGGCCAAGGCACAGUCUGACCCCCUCCUUUGGUGAUCCUCGUAGAACUCUGGCCCAGUGGUUGCCAUUUGAUUUUGAAUUGCCGUAUUUUUCGCUCUAUAAGACGCACCAGACCACAAGACGCACCUAGUUUUUGGAGGAGGAAAGCAAGAAAAAAAAUAUUCUGAAUCUCAGAAGCCAGAACAGCAAGAGGGAUCGCUGCGCAUUGAAAGCAGCAAUCCCUCUUGCUGUUCUGGCUUCUGGGAUAGCUGCGCAGCCUGUAUUCGCUCCAUAAGAUGCACACACAUUUCCCCCUACUUUUUAGGAGGGGAAAAGUUAGUCUUUUAGAGCAAAAAAUACGGUAUUUUAGAAUAUUAAUUUUAGAAUGCUGUGUUACUUUUAUUGCUGUUAGCUGCUCUGAGCCCGGUUUCGGCUGUGGAGGGCGGGAUAUAAAUAAUUUAUUAUUAUUAUUAUUAAUAGUCCUCCUCUGUUCCUAGAUAGCGGACGGCGUGUUUGAGACAUUCCUCCAGUCUCUAAUUCAGUUUGCCUCCCAUCACGUCUACAAUUGCGACCUGUGCACACAGAGGGGCUUCAUCUGCGAGAUCUGCAACAGGAACGACAUCAUCUUCCCCUUUGAAUUUGACACGACGACCAGGUGAGCGUUCUUCCUCUCUUCCCCAACUUGGCUUUGGAGUCAAGUUUUCAUUUUUAUUUUUUUUGGGAAAAUAAUAAAUUUUAUUGAUUUUCCAUACAAUUAUACAUUUUUAUUCAAAAUACAUCCAAUUGUCUCUUUUUUGAACUUCCUUCAGCGUCUCUGACAAUCAUCCGUAUUUAUAACUUUAGUUACACAUUCCCUUCUUUCGUAUUGCCAUUAUACUUCCCUUCUCCCACUAUUUCAUAUUAACAAUACUUCUCUAUUUUUACAGUGCCUCUUGAAAUCCCACUAGCGUUGUGUUCAUGCCACAUAUGUUUUUCAGAUAAUCUACGAACUUUCCCCAGUCUUCGAUGAACUUUUGGUCUUUAGUGUAUCUGAUUUUCCCAGUUAAUUUAUCCAAUUCCGCAAAGUCUGUCAAUUUCAGUCUCCAUUCUUCUAUCGUCGGUAUUUCCUCUUGUUUCCAUCUCUGGGCUAACAAGAUUCUGGCUGCCGUUACUGCAUAUUGGCAGGGGAGACACCUUGAUCAUAUGGAGUCAAGUUUUCAAAGAAGCGAUUGUGUUCAUUUUUAUUCAUGUAUUUGUCACGUGUCUAUACCACCUUUAUCUUCCAAGGAGUUCGAGGUGGUGUAGAUGGUUCCCCUUCCUUCCCACUUCACCCUCACGACAACCCUGUGAGGUUGGUCAGGCUGAGAGACGGUGGCUGGCCCAAGGUCACCCAGGGACCUUCAUGGCUGAAUGGGGAUUCGAACCCGGGUUUCCCAGGCCAUAGUCCAACACUAACUGUUGCACCACACUGCCUGUUUUGCAAUGGAGGGGGAGAGGUGAAGAAUAAGUAUUUCUUUAUUAAUAUUUAUUAAUAAUAAUAAUACAGUCAUACCUCAUGUUACGUUUGCUUCAUGUUACGUUUCUUCAGGUUGCGUCCCGCAGAGACCCGGAAGUACUGGAAAGGGUUACUUCCGGGUUUCGCUGCUCACGCAUGCACACAAGCGCCAAAUCACGCCGCGCACCUGCGCAGAUACGGCGCUUCAGGUUGUGGGCUUUUCAUGUUGUGAACGGGCCUCCAGAAUGGAUCCUGUUCGCAAGCAGAGGUACCGCUGUAUCUUACCAUAAAAAUGCCCCAAAGCAACUUAGAACUGUAAAAGCAUACAUAAUGCAAAAUUUAAAAUACACCAAAAAGAUAUAAACACAUGAUUAAAAUGGGGGGGGGGGUAUUGGGUUAUUGUUUUUAUUUUUAUUAUGUAUUUUGUGAUUUUAUUCUGUGAACCGCCCUCGGACCCCCGGGUAUAGGACGGUAUAUAAAUUCAAUGAAUAAAUAAAUAAAAUAACAAAAAAAUCAUCCUGCAGUGUUAUCUCCCAUGCCCUGGAGCUCAAGGUGCAGCUGAGGAAUAGGCUUGGCAAGGCAUUUAUUGGGGAUGCUUUAGGUAUAUUAUCUUCAGGCAAACUGGUGUUCCAUGACAUCCCUUCCAAUCCUAUUAUUGUAAGAGGGCAGUGUUUUUGAAAAUCAGUGGCGGGGGGUGGGGGGUGGGAUAAUGCUUCAGCGGCGAGAAGAUCCACCAUUUUUUAGCAACCUGUGGCCAUCAGGAUGACGUUGGCCCUGCAGCCUUCACAGCCAGUGGACCAACAGCUUCUGGAAGAGAACGUCUUCCUCAUCUCUGUUCGGCAGGGACGGUCAGAACGCUGAACAGGAAUUCAGGCCCCGGUUCCUCCUUUAAAGUAGCUUUUGAAUACCCUACUUCCUUUUACCCUCACCCCAGCUCACUCUCACAAGUCUGCAACAUCGGGGCAGCGCAGACAAGAGAGCCGUCGGCAGGCCUGGUUCACAGAAGAUUGCCGCCCUCUGCUCGCUGGCUUUGUGCUGAGGCAGGAAGAGUGCCUGCUUGCUGAGCUGAUGCAGUUUCCUGUCGCCCGAAUCAGGCUAUUUCCCCGGGGAGGCAGGAUGUGCCUGGAGCUCUCCUGACAAUAGCUCCGAGGAGGAGCAGGCGCUUCCUGAAUCGCUGUCCUGCACAGGUGGCAGCCUGAGGUCACUUCCUCUUGCGUAGCCGUUCAGCCGCAGGGGCACAAAGUUACCAGUCUGCUUUUGAGCAGAGGAAAAGAGGAAAAUAAGUCCGAGGGCUGUGCUGCGUGCUGGCUGCAAACAGGGGGGGAUGGUUCUUCCAAAAGCCAAAUGCAAGCGUGGAAGUUUGUUCUGAACUGAACAGAUCACACAAUUCACAGAGAGGUUUUUAAACAAGCCCAGCAUGGUGACUUGAAAAGGGGUGGCGAGACAGGGGAUGGAGAGGGUGGUAGCCGGCAGUCCUAAGCAUAAUUUUGUUUUUGUUUAUUUCAAAUUUUCAAAUUAAUUUUCCAGAUUUUUUUUAAAAAAACAGACAGACAGACAAACAUACAUACGUAUCCACGGUAAAUAAACCGAUCUUAAUAACAUUAUUAAGUGACUUCCUCGUAUCCCCCUGGUUGAAUUUCAGCGUAUAUCAUUUUAACGGUUUUCCAAAACCUAAACUCUUAAAAAUUUAACUUAAUCACUUGACAUCUUUCUUAACCAUUCAACUUUAAACAUAUUAAUUCAUCACAUUGCAUAUUUAAAUCCUAAGCCUAUCUGGUAAUUGCAAGCUUUCCAAUUAAGUUAAUUUAACAUGUUUAACUAAGCAUAAUUUUGUUUAAAAAACCUGCAAGCGAUCGGUUCAGAGCUCUGUUGACCUGUGCCUCCCUUGGCAGCUUGCUAGAUGUGGAGGAAGAAAGAGAGAAGAGAAGAAAAAUUGGGUGUCAGAAGGUGAGGGUGGGGGAAUGACUGGUCCCACCACUGACUUCAGCCCUGCCCACAUCUGUGGGAUGUGGCCCCCAACAGAUUCUGCUUGAGGGAAUGCGGCCCUUGACAAGGGGAGUUCUCUACCCCGCCCUCACUUUAAUGGUCUGUCUGUACUUCUUUCCCCUCCCUUACAGUUUGCAUGAAUUGCUUCGGCAAUUAACCUCCUCUUUUCCCAACAGGUGCAAGGUGUGCAAGACUGUCUUCCACAGCAGCUGCCAGGCAAAUUCCAGUUUCUGUCCUCGCUGCGUCCGCCGGGAGGAAUACCAGCAGAAGCUGCAGGCCUCCCUUUGCAAAUGA